CCCAAUAAUGGAGCAGGACGGGUGCACUUCUGGGUUGCUCGCCGCAGACGCCAUUGCCUUAGCACUUUGGUUCCCAGGGGGCUUGAGUUAACUAAAUGCCGGAAGCCUAGGCUUGUAGCCGCGUUCUGGAUGGUCUCCUCCGGGGAGCAGCGACCUCGAAGCACUCGUCCUUCAGCGUGCAGCAGUCAAGGGCAGCGGUUUGUCAUUUCCACGGAAGAUCCCGCGGUCCCGAGUCCAGCCGAUUUCUGUGGUCCCCUGGCCAAGGCCAGACCGGCGUGGGGAGGUUGAGCCGAGGCCUGCAAGGCGCUCCAUCCACCUCAUCCUGCCCACGAAAAGUCCAACUAUGGCGUUCGGGAAGAAACAUACACAGGUGUCUCUGACCUUUGAAGAUGUGACUGUGGCUUUCACCCAGGAGGAGUGGGGGCAGCUGGAUCCUGCUCAAAAGAGUCUAUACUGGAAGGUAAUGAUGGAAAUCUCUGGGUUCCUGGUCUCUCUGGGGUAUCCUGUUCAAAAAGUGGAGCUAUUAUGCCAGCCGGAGCAAGUGCAGGAAUCAUGGACUGUGGCAAAGUCCCUCUCUGAAAGUACCUGCUUAGGGUUAACCCCUAAGCCUCCUAAUCAGUGCCAGCAGCUGGAGAUGUGUAUUAUAUGCCCACGGGGAAUGCCGUCAUUCACACCACUGAGGUGUCAGUGGAAACACCAAAGCCAUAGGACCUACCGCUUGUAAGCCAAAACUGCCUGAGGGAACCUUAUUCUGGGGAGAAUAAGAACCCCAGGAGACAUGGAGUGGGUGCAAAGCAAAGACCAUGAUGGUCCAUCAAAAGUUCAGAAAAGACUCUUCAGACAAGAGAUGGAGGCCUGGGGGAGAAGCUCCCUGGGAAAAUGAGUCCUGUACAGGGUGCUGGAGGGACAGCUGAAGAAGUGCGUCCAGUGCUCAGACAUGAGGAAGAGGGAAGUAUCUUCAGAUGCAGUGAGUGUGGGAAGGUUUUCAAUAAGAGACACCUCCUUGCUGGACAUGAGAACAUCCACUCUGGAGUGAAGCCCUGUGAGUGUACAUAGUGUGGGAAGACCUUCAUAAAGAGUACUCAUCUCCUUCAGCACCAGAUGACCCACACAGGAGAAAGACCCCAUGAAUGCCUGGAAUGUGGGAAGGCCUUCAACCGCAGGUCAUACCUCACCCAGCACCAGCGAAUCCACAGCGGGGAGAGGCCAUAUCAGUGCAGUGAAUGUGGGAAGUCCUUCACCCACCGCUCCAAUUUUGUCUUGCAUAGCAGGAGACAUACUGGAGAGAAAUCUUUUGUGUGUACAGAAUGUGGACAGGUCUUUCGACAUAGGGGAGGCUUCCUUAGACACUACAUCAUUCAUGGUGGAGAGAACCCAUAUGAGUGCUUUGAGUGUGGACAGGUCUUCAAACACAGAUCAAACCUCCUGUGGCACCAGCAGACACACACAGGAAAGAAGCCCUAUGAGUGCAGUGAGUGUGGGAAAGUCUUCUUUGAGAGUGCAGCCCUGAUCCACCACUAUCGCAUUCACACCGGGGAGAAGCCUUAUGUGUGCAGUGAGUGUGGCAAAGCCUUCACCCACUGCUCUACGUUCACCCUGCAUAAAAGGGCCCACACUGGAGAGAAACCCUUUGAGUGAGAGUGUGGCAAAGCCUUUACCAAUCGGAAAGACCUCGUUCGUCAUUUCAGCAUCCACACUGGGGAAAAACCCUACGAGUGCAUAGAGUGUGGGAAGGCCUUUGCCCGCAUCACAAACCUCAUUUGCCAUGCCGUCAUCCACACUGGGGAGAAGCCCUAUGAAUGCAGUGAGUGUGGGAAGGCCUUCAGCCGCAGCUCAUGCCUCACUCAGCAUCAAAAAAUUCACUCUGGCAUGAAGCCAUAUGAGUGUGGCAAGGUCUUCAGCAAAAGCACAUACCUUCUUCAACACCAUAUAGUGCAUACUGGGGAGAAACCUUUUAAGUGCAUGGACUGUGAGAAGGUCUUCAACCGAAAAUCCCACCUUACCCAGCACAUGAGGAUCCACAACGGGGAGAAGCCUUAUAAAUCCACACUGGAGAGAAACCUUUUGUUUGUAGAGAAUGUGGGAAAGCUUUUCGAGAUAGGCCAGGUUUCAUUCAUUCAACACUACAUCAUCCACAGUGGGGAGAACCCAUAUGAGUGUGGACAGGUCUUCAAACACAGAUCAAACCUCCUGUGGCACCAGCAGACACACACAGGAAAGAAGCCCUAUCAGUGCAGUGAGUGUGGGAAAGUCUUCUUUGAAAGUGCAGCCCUGAUCCACCACUAUGUGAUCCACACUGGGGAGAAGCCAGUGUGCCCUGACUGUGGCAAAGCCUUCAACCACAGGUCGUACCUUGAGCACCAGCGCAUUCACACCAGGGAGAAGCCUUAUGUGGGCAGUGAGUGUGGCAAAGCCUUCAACCACUGCUCUACGUUCACCCUGCAUAAAAGGGCCCACACUGGAGAGAAACCCUUUGAGUGCAAAGAGUGUGGCAAAGCCUUUACCAAUCGGAAAGACCUCGUUCGUCAUUUCAGCAUCCACAAUGGAGAGAAGCCCUAUGAGUGCAUAGAGUGUGGGAAGGCCUUCAGCCAUAGGCCAGGACUCAUAAGGCACCAGAGAAUUCACAGUGGAGAGAAACCCUGUGAGUGUGUUGAGUGUGGGAAAACCUUUUGUUGGGGCACGAACCUCAUUGGCCACUCCAUCAUCCACACUGGGGAGAAGCCCUAUGAAUGCAGUGAGUGUGGGAAGGCCUUCAGCCGCAGCUCAACCCUCACUCAGCAUCAAAGGAUGCACACUGAGAGAAACCCUAACAGGGUGCCAGAUGAGGAAAGGUCUUUCACAAGUGGGCAAACUUCUGUCAACAUCCAAGAUCUUCUGUUGGGAAAUGGCUUUUUAAUGUAA